AUGAUGGAAGUUAGGAUGAGGUUGAUUUGGCAAGGAACAUUUGAUCAUGUAGGAGAUGGGAUAUCACAAGGAUCUCAUGCAAGCAUGCUUAAGGAAGCCUUUAUAAGAGCUUAUAGUCCAAUGGUACACCCAAUGACAAGCGAAGACUUGUGGCCUAAGUGUCAUAGGCCUCUUUUGCUGCCACCACUAUAUCACAAGCAACCUAGGAGACCAAGGAAGAAGCGGAUGAGAUUAGUAGGUGAACCACCACAAACCUUUAAUCCUAAAGCCACCAAGUUGCAGAGGUAUAACUUGGAAACCUCCAAGUGUUCAGUUUGUAGAUAUGGAGGCCAUAAUAUGAGGAGCUACCUUAAAGCAAAAGAAGUCCCAUCUAAACCAAGGGUGAAGAAAAAUAAUUGUCACCACAUCAACCAAGAGGGUUACAAGACAAUCAAGAGACAAGUAACCUGUUGGAAACUGGCCAAUGUUCUCAAACUGGCCAAGCUUCUCAAACUGGCCAAUGUUCUCAAGCUGCCCAAGCUUCUCAAACUGCCCAUGCUUCUCAAACUGUCUAACAUUCUCAAACUGUGCAAGAAUCUCAACCAAUUACAAGCUCAUCAUAGCAUAUUGGCACUGGUACAAACAAAAAAAGAGGUUCAAGUCUCCUACAAAGAGGAAUAA